UGGACAGCAGGGGACAGGCUCUCACUCUCUCACAGGUCAUUGUAGCAACGAAGCAGUCGGUGAAAACCUUGCAUGGGCUACUGUCUCCUCUCCAACCAGGUCCUUGCAGCAAACUGAAAAGAACCCAAGUGAGAGUGGCCUCGACCCCUUACGUUAGUAUUCUGCCCACCAUCCUUCACAAGCGUCACCAGCCGUCAUUUCUUCUCCCAUUCCUGUUCUCCACCCAAAACAGCCAACCCUCAUAUCAGUUGUCAGAAUGGCAGACAUCAGCAGCGCUCCCAUUCCACAAAAGACACCCAAUGACCCUGGUGCCCCAGGCUCUGCUCCACCUCCUUAUCCACAUGGGGAGGUGAACCAGCAGCAGCCUCCAUCAUACAUGUCUCCACCAUACCCGGCACAUCCGGCUUUGUACCCUCCUUCAGUGUGCUCUGUAGUCCCAGAGCCCCCCCAGCCUGGAUUUGUCAUAAACAUUGCUCCACCGGGAGAAGAUGGAAUCUCCAAAGCUGAAGAACCCGAGAUAAAGAUGGACAGUUCAGUGGUUGGGGUUCUACCGGACAGUGGACCUAUAGUGGACACCACGUUUGAAGACAAAACCAUACGUCGAGCCUUCAUCCGUAAGGUGUUUACCGUAGUCACAGUGCAGUUGCUUAUCACCUUCAGCGUGGUAUGCAUCUUCACCUUCUCGGAAGUGGUGCAGAAAGCAGUGCAAAGAAACAUCUGGAUCUACUUGAGCUCCUACAUCAUAUUUGUGGUGGUGGCCCUCUGCCUGACCUUCAGCAGCUCCUUCAGCAGGAAGCAUCCCUGGAACUUUGUGGCACUGGGGGUGGUAACGCUCAGCCUGUCCUACAUGGUAGGCACAGUGGCCUCCUUCCACAGCACAACGGCUGUGGCCAUCGCCAUGGGUGCUACACUUAUCAUCUCCUUCACUAUCGUCAUCUUCUCAGCCCAGACUCGUGUGGACUUCACCAUAUGCAAUGGAAUUCUGCUUGUGCUGGCAGUGGACCUGCUGAUGUUCGGCUUCUUCUCCAUCUUCUUCCACUCCACUGUGCUCCAGAUUGUCUAUGGAUGUCUAGGAGCGUUGCUGUAUGCAAUGUUCCUGGCCGUGGACUGCCAGCUGGUCAUGGGCAGAGAGAAGUACUGUAUCAGCCCAGAAGAAUAUGUCUUCGCUGCACUGAUCCUCUACCUUGACAUCAUCAUGAUCUUCCUCUACCUGCUGAUCCUACUGGGAGGAAGCUCAAAUAAUUAACCACAUGUGCGUACACACAUAUGCACAAGUUCAUACUCAGACCCAAUCAAAUGGAACAUCUUUAAUGAUGAACAACUGCAAAUGAACCAUUUCCUUGCUAUACUGCUUGAACGAGAUCCACUCGCUGUAUCUUACGCAAUGGUGGUUAGAGCGACUGCCUUUGGACCCAAAGGUUGCAGGUUCGAGCCUCACCUCCAG